AUGCAUAUCAAGAGAAUCGUAAUACAGGGUUUCAAAACCUACAAGAAUAUGACCAUCAUUGACUCGUUUUCUCCCAAGCACAAUGUAGUGGUUGGACGUAACGGGUCAGGAAAGUCGAAUUUCUUCGCCGCCAUCAGAUUUGUUCUAUCGGACGCAUAUACCAAUAUGACAAGAGAGGAGCGCCAAUCAUUGAUUCACGAAGGUUCGGGUACUGUUAUGUCCGCUUAUGUGGAGAUUGUUUUCGAUAACACAGAUCGCAGGUUUCCUAUCGACAAAGACGAGGUUGUGAUCAGAAGAACAAUUGGUAUGAAGAAAGAUGACUACUCGAUAGACUCGAAACUUGCUACCAAGUCUGAUAUUACUAAUCUCCUCGAAAGUGCUGGGUUCUCAAAAUCUAAUCCAUAUUAUAUCGUCCCCCAAGGUCGGAUUACUUCUCUAACUAAUGCCAAAGACUCUGAAAGGUUACAGCUCUUGAAAGAAGUUGCUGGGGCUCGCGUUUUUGAAACGAAACUGAAAGACUCGCUCAAAGAGAUGACAAAUACCAAUAAAAAAAGAGAGCAAAUUGAGGAGAUGUUGAGGUACAUUGAGGGUCGUUUGGAAGAUCUCGACCUUGAAAAAAAUGAUCUUAAGGAAUUUGAGAAGCUCAAUAAUAAGAAAAAAUCUCUUGAAUAUAAUCUUUAUGAUAGAGAGCUGACGAAUUUAAAUGACCAGAUUGAAUCUCUGGAGUCAGAUUAUGCAGCUGCUCUUCAGGACACCUCCUCCUUGGUUGGAAAACUAGCUGAGAGGGAGAAACAAGCACAAAGCAUUGAGGCUCAACUCGCAGAGCUUACGGCAGAUUUGAAGCUUGUCGACGUUGACAUUUCUGAGAAUGAUGCUGAAAUUAAAGACGUGCUAACCAGUAUAGGAGACACGAGUGCUCGAUUAAAAGAAGCAGACGCAGAGACUGGUUUUUCGGGAGCUGAUAUUGCUUCUCAGCUGGAGGACCUGAACGCUCUGAUAUCUCAGAAGGAGGUUGAGCUUGGCAAGUGUCAGCCUGCUCUUAAAGAUGCGUCGGCCAAAGAGCGCGCUAUCAAAGGCAAGUUGGAUGAGAUGAAGCAACAGCAGCGCUCCCUUCUUUCCAAAAAGGGCCGCUUUUCACAGUUUAGGAGCAAGUUGGAACGUGAUGAAUGGCUCAAAUCAGAAAUCGAUAAUCUGACAAAAUCCCUUGAAUCCAAAAAAGGAGACCUUGCGGUCUACCUGAAAAAUAAGGAAGAAAUGGAGUCUUUGGCGGGAAACCUCGCCUCUGAGUUGAACGUUGCUAAAAGCGCUGACCCCCUAGACGCUGAAAUGGAUUCUCUUGACAAAGAGCUGGGGCGAUUAAAGCUCGAAUACAAUCAACUCAUUGACGACAGGAAGCAACUUUGGAGAGAAGAAAGUAAGCUCAAUAGUGUUAUCCAGACAUACGAAACUGAAAAAGCCAGAGCACAGCAAGGAGUCAGUGAAACGAUGGAUCGUUCAAUGGCUUUGGGGCUUGAAGCGGUUCAACGGAUAGCUAAAGAUCUUGGUUUGAACGGGGUAUAUGGGACCUUGGGAGAACUCAUUAAUGUCAGCGAAAAGUACAAGACUGCUGUCGAAGUUAUUGGCGGGAAUUCUUUGUUCCAUAUUGUUGUUGAUACCGAUAGAACUGCAACACUUAUCAUGGAGGAGCUGAUUAGACAAAAAGCAGGGCGUGUGACCUUCAUGCCUCUCAAUAGGUUGAAUCCUAAAACCCCAUCUUAUCCAGAUACAUCGGAAUGCGUUCCUCUUAUUAAGAAGAUUGCAUUUGACGAAUACUUGGAGCCUGCUGUGAAACAAGUUUUCGGCAAGACCGUUGUCUGUAUCACUCUGGAGAAAGGCGCUGAAAUCUCUCAGGCUUACAAACUCAAUACCAUUACUUUAGACGGCGAUAGAUGUGACCGUAAGGGUGUGCUCACAGGAGGAUUUCGAGACCAAACUCGUUCAAGGGUUGACUGUCUUAAAAACUUGACCAAAUGGAAAUCUGAGAUCUUCAGUGCCCAACAGAAGCUUGAAGAGGUCAAAAAGCAGAUUGCAGACAAAGACGCUCGCGUCACCAAUACAAGCGAAGAAUUAGCAGCUAAGCGCAGAGAACUGGAUGCCAUGUUCACAAGAAAGGAGUCUUGCUUGUCCGCCAAAUCAAAACUUGCAAAUGAAAAAAGCAGAUAUGACCAAGAGCUUGGCUCUCUGGAAGGACGCAUUGAGUCACUACAGACUUCUAUAAAGCUUUCGGAGCAACAAAUUAGUGAAUACCAGAACGAACUAGAAUCUGAGUUCAAGGAAUCCAAUCUGAGCGACACCGAGUUGCAGCAGCUGAAAAAGCUCGAAGAAAGUAUUUCAGUUGCUGAGCAAGAAUACACUCAGGUCAGUGAACAGCUCAAUGAGCUGGAGUUGCGGGCCUCGUCGCUCAUAUCCGAAUUGAAUGGUAGUUUAUACCCCCGGUUGAGGCAGUUGAGUCUGCGGACGUCCAAGUCUCAGGAAAAUGAUGACAUCAAGGUGAAAGAGCUCGAAAGCAGACUGCAGAGAUUGGUGGAAACGAAAGAGAAGUUGGAGUCCUCGAACUCUGAGUUGCUCGGCAAGUCGAAAGAAUUGAAGAAACAGCUUGAGAGCCUGGAGGACCAGCUUCAAAAACUCAAUGAGUCACAAAGGAAUCUCUUGCGGCGACUAGAAAACUAUGGCAAGAGUUCUGAAAAAUCAUUGAGCAGAAAGGUGUUGCUCGGUAACAGGCGCGACGAGAUUAGCCGGAAAAUCAGAGAUUUGGGUGUCUUGCCAGAAGAGGCGUUUACUGCUUACAAAGAUAUAAGCUCAGGUGAGAUUUUGAAUUUAUUGAAUGAGGUCACUGAGAGUUUGAAACAAUACAGUCAUGUCAAUAAAAAGGCCCUAGAGCAGUUCCUUAAUUUUGCCAAACAGCGUGACUCGUUGGUUGCUCGGAAAAAUGAGCUUGAUGAUGCUAAAGAGUCCAUUGAAGACCUUAUUUCGGUUCUCGAGCGCAGAAAGGAUGAUGCCAUUAUCAGAACAUUUAAGGAAGUGAGUAUCGGCUUCACCGAGGUGUUUGAGAAGCUAGUUCCAGCAGGAACCGGUAAGCUGAUCAUCCAGAAAAGGAGUGAAAAGGUUGGUAAAGGCAAGAUAGGUUUCGAACAAGACUCUGAUGAUGAAGAGGACGCUGAACUGGUGGAUCAAUACGUCGGUAUUUCGAUUUCAGUCUCUUUCAAUUCAAGGGAGGAUGAACAACAAAGAAUUGAACAGCUUUCUGGCGGACAGAAAUCGCUCUGUGCAAUUGCUCUCAUCCUGGCAAUCCAGAAGUGUGACCCGGCUCCAUUUUACCUGUUUGAUGAGAUUGAUGCAAACUUGGAUGCCCAAUACAGAACUUCUGUCUCGCAGAUCAUUCAUGAGCUUUCCCGCAACGCUCAAUUCAUCUGCACUACGUUCCGUCCAGAAAUGCUCAAAGUUUGUGACAAGUACUUUGGGGUGAUGUUCAACAACAAAGUGAGUACAGUUAGUGAGAUCGAUCAGGCUGACGCGCUUGGAUUUGUUGAGGGUCAACAACGUCGCUAGUUUUCUAUAUGGCUUGCCUAGUUUAAUUUAGCUAUUUUCGAGCAUCUUUCAUUAGAUCCAAAAAUCCAUGGUUUUUCUUCUUGCCCUUGGCCUUGGAAACAAUAUUACUUGCCAUUUUCGCAUCAAGAUAUCGUUGGGAUCCCGCAGUUUCUGAGUCCGAACUGUCAUCCUGUGAGUCGUCUGAAUCAUCCUCAGAGUCAGAAGACUCGGUUUCGGAAUCGGAUUCAGAAUUCUCCUGCCUGGAAGUAGACGUUGUCUGGGCACCUUGGUUGAAUUCCCUGACAUCAGGGAGACCACGUUCCAUCAACUGGGAUAGCUUUGGAAGCGAAGAAAUCGAGCUUCCAGAUUGAGAGACAUGUGGUGGCUGUGUCUGAGACUGCGAAAGCAGUUGAGGAACCACACGGCCCUCUUGCGUGCUUGGAGGUGGAGAGGAGAUUUGGCUUUCAUUCAACGUGGAAUUAUUGCGCGAGGAAAGGACAGAGGUGUUGCUGAGCAGGCUCUUUGGUGCAUUCACCACUCGGGGUCUUUUCAUUGUUUCCUGUUCAUCCUCUAACUCGUCAUCAUCGUUGUCAUCGUUAUCAUCGUCGCUAGAAUCCGAUUCACUUUCUGCCGGUUGUGGCACAAGCGGUUGGGAGUUUGAAGCCACCGGUGGCUUUCCUACUUUCUCAGCUAUACCAUUAGAUUGUACUUGAUGAGCAGGAAUAUCGUUACUCUUUGUUUUUCCCUUCAUUCCAUCUUUUAGCAGGCCAAUCACUUCUGCUCGGGUGUAGUUCGUGCCAGGAUUCUGUGCAUCAUUAGAAUGAGUCUUUGCAGAAUCAAUCUCUCUGGUAUCAGCAGCUGUCUUGCUUUCUCCAUUCUGUGAAGUAGAUUCGGUGGCACCAGUAUUGUUCAUAUUUGUGUCCUUUGUUUCACUGCUCUCUGCUGCGGCCACUUCGACUUUUUUUGGUUUAGGCUUGCGGGUGGGCUUUUUCUUUUCCUCUGGCUUUGUGGUCUCCUCGCCAUUUUGGGAUCCGUCUUCUUUUGCCUCAACCUUCUUGACGCGAUUCUUGCUACCAACAGGACGGCCUCUGCGAGGCUUGGCGACAGGCGUCUCUUCAGCUGGUGAAUUCUGCAGUGCUUCCUCCCUGGAACCAUUUUUCUGUUCGUUCUGUUCCUUUGUUUCCGUUGUUUCCUUUGUUUCCUUUGAUUUUUUGCCUCUAGCCUUUGGGGCUGUAGACUUCUCCUUGUUGAUGUUCUUUUGCUGCGUCUUUUUCUCCAAACCUGCAUCCGGGCCCUUUACCGAGUCAUUUAGUUUUUUCGUGACCUGCGAUGGUUUCAUAGGCUUGGUCUCCUUAAAUGAUGGAUUUGAGACAACGUUGGCGGGUGUAGGAGUCUGAGCAGGGAUCGAAGAAAAGGAAGAGUUUGAACUGUCGUUCAACUGCACUGGAGAUUUCCGCUGCAUUGAAGAAACGCGGUUCAUCACAUCAGCUUUAGUUGGCACACUCGGCCUCUUUCGGACAGCAGAGGUGUCCUGAUUAGAAUCGCUUUGAUAGUGAUCGCUGUCAGUUAGUAGGUCAUUUAUUUGCAAAUCACGCUCUUCGUCUUUCUCGUUUUCAUCCAGAGCUUUUGACAGAUCGGGCUGGAAUUGUGACGUGAGCAUUCCUGACGUUAUUCUUGUCGGAGACCCAGGCGCAUUCACCGGACUUGCAUUUCGCGGGCUAAGAUUCUUCUUUGGCUCAAUGAUUACAGUAGCAUCCUGAUGGCCAUCGUUAGGAGCUGGAAGCGACAGAUUGGAUUGAUGGGAUUCCUCGUCAGCUUCUAACAAAGGAGGUUGUCGAGCCUCGUGCCAAACACGUUGGUUACGAGAGGACCUUGUUUUCUUGACAAUCUUAUUCAGAUCGUUGUGAAGAUGGCGCUUCCCUCUGGAAUCAGUUUCCUCUUCCUCAGUAAAUUCAUUUUCCACGAGAACACGCAAAAUAUUAUCCGUAUCAAAUAUCAUUGAAACUGAGUACUCCGGGUCCAGGUCACACUCAUUGCUAUCCUGAAUUUGGUGAAUGACGAUAGGCUCUUGCUCAGGAUACAGCCUCAAAAAUCUCUCUUGAAUCUCAACACAAACAUCCUGAAGCGUGCUUGAACUUUUCGUAAUGUGAAGGAAUUUUUUGAUGCCAUCGGACGUGCCCACGAUAUGCGGAGACGGGCCAUAACUUGGCCACUGGGAAUUGAAACCCGAAAUCCCGUUAACAAGUGGCGUACUUGAGCCAUUGAGUGUGAAGUUUGGAUAGAAAGAAUUAUUAUGCUGGGACUGGGAACCGGGGUAAAUCUGCGAUUGCAUUUGCAUCACACUCAUAUCCACAUUAUUUCCAGUUCCAUUGUAAGCGGGAGCUUUGUUUGCUUUCGUAGAGCUCGGCGGAACAAUGUGAACUUGCAACUUUAUCAUCUUUUGCUCUCCAAAAAGUCUGAAAUUCCC